AUGCCUAUCCCGCUGAUGCCUCGUCUUAAGGCGCAGCUCAAGCUUGCUAUCAACCGGCUGAAGCUGCUGCAAGAUAAAAACACGGCAUUAGCGAAGCUGAGUCGGCGAGAAAUGGCGCAAUUAAUGGAGAAAGGCAAGAUAUCAAGCGCCAGAAUCCGGGUGGAAAAUAUCAUCAAUGAAGACAUCUACGUAGAGCUUCUCGAGGCGCUGGAGCUGUACUGUGAGGUUACUUUGGCUCGUAUUGCAAUGAUCGAGCGCACAGAGCUAGACCAAAGGCUCUCAGAGGCUGUGACUGUUAUUAUUUAUGCCGCCCCUCAUACAGAUAUUAAAGAACUACUGGGUCUCCGAGAGUUAUUUGUGAGUUUGUUACCUAAAGAGUUUGUGAUUGAUGCAAUUGAGAAUACCAGUGGUAAAGUCCCGGAAAAAAUCAUGAAGCGCAUUCACACUGAGGCGCCUUCAGCCGAGCUAGUUGAUCUGUACCUUUUGGAAAUUGCCAAGGCCUACAUGGUGCGAGUAUCGGGCUUUUAUGAGCCACCGGCCAGCCCUGAGCCUGAAAUAAUCAAGCAAAGCACCGCAAAUGAAAAGCCAGACUCGGGAUCAGUAGACAAAGCUGGGGGUCCCGCCGGGGCACCUCCCAAGGCAGAUGAUUUAAUGGCACGAUUUGCAGCGUUGAAACGAACCUAA